AUGUCCAAUGUCAACACUUCCCUUGGAGGGCCUCUCCCCAAUUGGAUUAUAUUCUUUCUGUCUGUUCUUUUUCUUCUGAAAAUCUUGAAGAUACUGAAAACACCAAUCAAUCCCAAAGGGUGUCGCCGUCUAGGACUUCCACCAGGGCAGAGCAAUCUGGACGAUGAAUUCGACUCGAAGUACAGCCGUGGUGUACCCAGCGAUCAAGAUGAUCAUGGUCCAUCAUCUUGGCGCGUGAAAGCACUGUUCAGCUACCCCCUCAAAUCCUGUGGUGCGGUGGAGCUGCAAGUUUCGAAUGUCGUAUCAACCGGGCUUGAAUUCGAUCGACAAUUCGUCUUUGCAGAGCGUGUCAAUGAUGAAUGGAACAUUCGCACCCUGCGUAAUGCAGGCUUCAAUCGCUUAGCCUUGAUCCAUCCUGAGAUUUGGGUUCCCGACCCGUCUGCCUCCGAUUAUGACGCAGAACUGCCAGAAAUCAAAUCGCAGGGUGUGAUGCUGGUAUCGUAUCCCCGAAUGCCGCCAGCAGGAUGGAAGGGUCUGCCCGUCAAGGUCGGUAUGGCGGUCAAGUUCCUCAAAAACCAGCAGACAUUCCAAGUCCCGUUACUUCCACCCGCGGACUCCAACUUCCCAUUGGUCCCAGUCAAGAUUUGGAAAGACAAGCCUCUAGCCUAUGACUACAGCCGACUGCUUCCAGCAUCAUUACACGCAUAUCUAGGGUCCGACCCAUCAAAACACACUCUGGCACUGUUCCGCGCCAGCGCACCCCAUUCACGACAGAUCUUCCGUAACGCACCCCGCAAAGAAGACCUUGGCUUCCAACCAAACACAGCCUUUGCAGAUGCAUAUCCAAUCCACCUCCUCAGCAUCUCCAGUCACCGAGAUGUAGCAGCCCGCUGCGCCUACGCAAUUCCGAGGCUGAGCAUUCGCCGUUUCCGCGCGAACAUCAUCAUCCAAGGCCCGGCUGCUUUUGAGGAAGAUCACUGGAAGCGGCUUGCUAUUGGCGGCACGGAGAUCCACGCUUCUUGUCGGACUGUUCGAUGCCGACUGCCCAAUGUUGAUCCUCUUUCUGGGGAUCGACAUAAGGUCGAGCCGGAUCGGACGCUGAAAUCGUAUCGGCGCAUUGAUGAUGGAGAUCGGACUAACGCGUGUUUAGGUAUGCAGCUUGUUCCUGCAAAGGAGGAGUUUGUGCUUAGGGUUGGGGAUUCUGUUGAGGUUCUUGAGACCGGGGCGCACCAGUAUAUCAAGAUGCUGGCGCCUGGGGAGAAGGUUGAAGGGGUAUAG